AUUUUAUCUGUAUCCGGCCUUCGCUCGCACUCUACGUCGUAUAUGGACGCUAUUUGAUUUAUAUCCUUUCUUCGAUUCGAUUAAUAUUGCAGUAUUAGUUUUUGGAAACCAUGUCUAACGACUACGGUUUCAACAGCGAUGAUUCUCCUAACAAAACUAAUUCACACUUGCAACUUCCUAGUCCUAUUAUUACUCGCCGAAACCGGACCGCCUCGACAUCUGAGCGAGCUCUAGGAAACCCAAUAGAAAGCGGUAAAAUUAAGUCAUUUUGUCGAGCGAAAGGUCACGGAUUUGUGACUCCUGAAAAAAGUGGCGAAGAUAUAUUUGUACACAUCUCUGACAUUGAAGGUGAGUAUGUUCCUCUGCCUGGCGAUGAAGUCAUUUACCGCCUGUGCCCCAUCCCACCCAAGUUCGAAAAGUUCCAAGCUGUUCAUGUGCGCAUAGUGCACCUGACUCCAGAGAAGCACCUCAAGUGGGAUGAGCCCCCGCUGUAACCUCCUAGGAAUGGAUUUGCCCAAUAUUUACACUUUGUUUUUGCGAUUAUCUCCCUUGCCAUAUCAGUCCACCAUGUUUUAAAUAUGUUUUUUGUAGAAGAACCUAUGUUCUGUCUACUUUAGAUAAUAUAAUUUUU